AGAGAGAGGGGGCGUGCACAACGAUAGCUGAUAGCGAUAACAUUGCAGUCCACCCAAAUAAUAAUACACAAAUAACCCUCACAGUAAAGACAGUUACGCGUGUUGGUUAGUGCAGUGCAGCGAUGGACAGCAAGAAAAGCGUGAAAAUAUCGGAAAAGAUGUGCGACAAACGAACUGGGUUAUUGUUGUGGACGUUGUUGGUGGUGGUGAUGGUGGUGGUGGGUGACGACAGCCAAUAUUGUACUCUCCAAGACGAUGCCAGUAAUCCGCCGAAGUAUCCAGACAUCGCCUUGCAGUACACACUAAAAACGGAGACUUCUAAAGAGUUUGAAAAUGAGGAGAAAGAGCUGUCGCGAAUGGUGACGAAUAGGGAGUAUGUUUAUGAUGGCCUUGGCAGCAGAAUCGCUCUCAAACUUAUUUCGAAGUUCUACGAUCCGUCAUACAUCAACAUCAUGGACUGGAACACCAAGCAGUUGAUUAUAUCGGCUAUUACUGAAGAAUACAAUAACUGUAUGGUGAAGCCGGUAGAAGAAGCCAUUUAUCUCUUCCCUGUCCUCGACGGAGCCGACAAACCCCUCUCCGCUGACCGUAUGCCUGACCCCGGGGUUCUGCUUGGGGUCCAGAACUGGACUGAGACACAUUAUAAGGGUACCUUCGACAGACGAGGCAUUCCAAGCGAGCGAUGGGAAUGGUGCGGCCUGAUAAAAUAUGAAAAUGAUUAUGAGACGCAUUUGAUAUCAAUGGCAACUUACUGGAGCGUUCCCGGGUGGAUGAUGCCGAUCCCGACAGACCAGACUGCGUCCCUGCCCGUGGGUUGGGAGGUGCUGAUGUGGCAGGAAGAACCCUAUCUCUCCCACGAUCCCCUCAUCACCAGCGUCAUGUACUACGAACCCGGACUCGUCGACCACUCCCUGUUCCUGAUUCCUCAAGGCAGUUACUGCAAGGACCUGGUCCCCGAGCCCGGCCACCCCUUCCCGGACUUCUCCCAGGACAGGUUCUUCUCUUUCAGCCUGGAGUAUCGAGACACGGACACCAAGUACUUCAUGUGGGCUGACGCGUGGUAUGACUUUGGGAAGAAACUGUAUCGCAUCGACCAUGACCGAAAUAAAGAGCCUAGCACCACCACCAGCACCAGGGCCUCGAACAGCAGCAUCGUCACCACAACCCUCCUUCUCGACUACAACGACGGCGUUGCGUUCGAGUUCGUCCCCGGCACGCUAUUGGAGUGCCGCGUGUCCCUCGUGAACGCCACACAGCAGGACUGGGCGACGCUGACGGGGCUCGACCACCUUUGGGCGGACUCCCCCAGCGCCUUCUUCGGCUCCGACACGACCAACUACACCUACUACGGGGAGAGGCUGGAGCGUUACAUGGUGGUGGGCGACUGGCGGGGAGAAAGGACUGACUGGCCCCCCGGAGCCAUGGACGAAAAGACGGACAUGUUGUGGCAGUGGACAUUCACAAAUAAAAAUGUGUCCACGAUGACCAGUCUUGGGGAUCACGUCCUCGUCGAGAAACAAGUGCCCAUCGGUGUGCGCAUCAAUCCCAUACAGACCGGCGUAAAAGGGGAGGUCAGGACACUCAAGAGCACUGUCGCCUACUCGAUCUACGACUUCGAGGUGGACGAGGAAGGCAAGAACGUAGACUUCAACGGAGUGCGAGUCUUCGAUGCCUACGACUGUUACUCCGCGAACUUGAGGGACCACCUGCGCUUCAAGUUAGAUGUGACCUCGUGGCCCGAAGUUGUGUGGACGCCUCUGCUCACCUCCACCUACCUUAACGAGCACUGGCACGUCACCUUGGCUAAUUACGGGCAGGUGUCACCCAUUCGGAUCACAAGAGUACAGACCAUCGUCGAAGAGGAGGACGAGGUAUGGGUUGAGUUUGUCCUUCUGUACCGACACUACAUCAUCGGGGAACUCGAUCCUGAGCUCUUCGAGAGCAUGACGACCGGGGAGAUGGCGAGGUCGUACCUGACGGCGGCGGUCAACAACGGAGAUAUCAAGUACGACGGGGAGAAGCCGGACGGGGAGAAAUUCACCAUCUUGGCUCUGUACGAUUCCCUCACCACUGUGGUUGAGCCGGACUGCACCACCACCACCUCCACCUCCACCACCACUAGAGCCUCAGCUUCCUCCCCCUCUCCCUCCUCUGCUACCAGCACCACCAGCACCACCACUCCCCACAUGACUGACCACUCCACAAAUACUCCUCCCCAGAAUUCUCUCACCUCUACGACUGCCCCCCAAACCACCACUCCAGGAGACAGCCGCCCAGCCAAAGAAAACGCAAUGUACACGCCAGGUGACCUCGCGGGUCUGGGGAUCGGGAUGCUGCUGAUGGGGCUUGCCUUGGGCGCUGGCGGUGCCUUCCUGGUGGUGGUGAAGGGCGUGCACCAGACCGUGAUGGGCUGGUGCACCAAGACAUAGCGGGAGGGAGGGCUGUGGGAAUGAGGGGCUGUGAAGGGGUGAGAGAGGGCUGAAGGAAUGGGCUGUGAUGCGGUGACGGGAGAAGGAUUAGAUGAAAGGGGAAAGGAGCAUUGAAGGGCAUGAAAAUGUAGGCAAAUUAAAUGUCUGAAGAGCUGGUGAUGGGAUGUGGGAGAUGUGACAGAAGGACUAGCAGUAAAGGUGUGAGUGAGUAAAGAGUGUGAGGGGAGACAAAGAAAUACAAGAUAAGGAUAAAAAGGAAAGAUUAUGAGAGGAAACUGUGGGAGGUCAUAGACUGGUUGUGAAGGGAUGGAAAUGAGGGAGAAAUGACAUUUAGAAAGGGGUGUGAGAGGAUACCAAUAAAGAGUGUGUGAAGAAUGAUGCGAAAAUGAUUGUAAAGAAAUGCAGUAAAGGGAGUGGAAAGAGAUGUGAAGAGAAGGUAAUGGUAAGUAUUUGAAGAAUGGAGAAGCCAAAAAAGGGUGUCAACCCUUUGCCGCGCACUCGUAGAAAUUCUGGAGGUGUAAAAAACGGCAAAGGGAAGUGUAUGUAAUAGUAAAUACAUGAAUAAACACUGGACACUAAAACUAUAUAUCCUCAUUCCGGAGCUGUAUAUCUGUUUGAAAUUAAACACACUCCCAAGGAUGAAAAUGUCAAGUGGUUGUU